AUUGAAGUUAUACGUUGGAAUAGAAAACAAAAAUAAACCUGGCUUAUUUUAAUACAUACAGAAUGUGGAAAUUACUAAAAUUACACCUAUUUGCCAACCAAACGACUCAUUACGGUAUCAGUUGUGUGUCGAACAGGAACAAAUAAUCGCUUUCUUCUCAGUUACCGUUAUCAUCAUAAAUCAUCUGGGUAUUAUUUAAUGCCCAUUCAGCUGUAGCUAUGAAGACGCAAAUAAUAAUUCAGCUGAUCGCCAUUGAAGGAUUUGCCUCUACUGUGGCGACAUGUGAUCAACCAACGAUUCAUUAUACUUCGAUGGGCUGCACCCCCAGCGAGCAGACAAAUGAUCUGGGGUGUCCUAUAAGUUUUGAUUGUCUUAACUUGAGCAAUCGUAGAAAAGACAAAUGUUAUUUGUUUGGCAAAACCUACAAUCUCCUUGAAGAUGUACCAUAUAAGGAAAUCUCAUCUGCAUGUAUUGGACAAGCAAAGUGCGUUAACUUUACGACUCCGGAAGCCUAUUUCAUAAACGCCCAUAACGACUGUCCGGAGUUUUUCCGCUAUUGGGGCGCAAACUGCGUGCUGCAAUACACAGUAGGCGAAUGUUGCUCAACCGGGAAAGUCUGCGAUGAUGAUCGCAACGCAUUGGAAAAGUGCAGCCUUGAUGGCAAAACUUACCUUGAGGGAGAACGAAUGCAAAUCCCCGGUGAUCCAUGCCGAACAUGCAUCUGCUCGAAGGACUUUGACGAGACAAACAUUAUGAGUAGCGAAAAAUGCUUCGUGCAAAAGUGCUCCUUUGAAAUCAAUAAUGAAUUUAAGCCAGAAGCUGCUCCAGUGUAUAGAGCUGACAUGUGUUGUCCGUGGUUUUGGAGAUCGCCUGCUGCAACUGAUAAAGUGAUUAAAGGUGCCGGCACCAUUGACGAUCCGAAAUUGCAAUGUAACUAUGGAGAUCUUACUUUGAACGUUGGAGAUUCGUUGGAGCCUGUCACUACAGCAAAUGGCGUUGGUACAUGUAGCUGCUCGAUUCCUCCUCUGGUUCACUGUACAUUGGCGAAGGAAGGUAUGAAUUGACGGGUGGAAAGUUUAUUUUUACAAUACAUAUUUGAAUAAAUAGCUAUACAUACAUUAGGCACAGAAAUUAUCCGUACAGCGAAUGGUUUAAGAAAUAGAUGUUAGCAAAACGCUAAAAUUUUUCGAGUAUGA